UCAUCGCCAACAUCGUCGUCGUCGUCAUCGUCGUCGUCGGCAAAUCCUGAUCCAGCGACGUUCCUUCGCCGGACAAAUCUUCACCGACUUUUUCCUUCUUCUCGGGCGCGUCAACAUUGCCGUGAUAGUCCGCAAACCGUCGCCUGCAACGAUCAAUCCGUAGCACCUACAGAUGCUCGCGUAGCGGACGGCGAUGGCGGGAAUAGUGAAGGUGCCGGGCGCGUUCGACGUCACGCCGCACAAAGUCUCGCUCUGCAUACUCCUGCAGGUCUACGCUUCUCCGAAUCAACUGUUCGUGCCGUUCCCUUUCUCCUCUUUCGCUCAGCACAACAGCCUCGGCCUCUUCUUGCUUGCCCUCACCAAGUCGUGUGACGAUAUAUUGGAGCCAAAGGUGCAUGACCUGAUAAAUCAGUUGAGGGAAAUUGGAAACUCAUCGAUCGAUUGGUUAGCUGACCACUUACUCAGCAGGCUGUCCUCUCUGUCUGCUCCGGAUGAUCUAUUUAACCUUUUCGCUGAAAUGCGAGGAGCCCUUGCUGGCCAACAUGCUGGUGUUGUUGAAGAUGACCAGAUUAUACUGGACCCAAAUAGCAACCUUGGGAUAUUUCUUCGCCGCUGCAUACUUGCAUUUAAUCUCCUGUCCUUCGAGGGUGUUUGCCAUCUUUUGACCAAUAUUUCUUUGUACUGUAAAGAAGUCCUCUCAAGCCGUGCUCCUCAUGAGGCCCACUUGGAUGGUUCUGGUGUUAAUCUCAUGGAAGCAUCAGAGUAUGAAAAUAUGGACCUCGAAAAUUUUGUUUUUGAGAAAGUUACCGAAGAAAUUGAGACUAAGAAGAAGGCUGGAGAGCGGAUUCCUUUUCACCUUCAUGUGCCCUCUCCGAUCUUUGGUUUGGUUGAAGAUAUCGAACUCUCAGCCAAACCAAUGUUUAAACAGAACGCAAAGGGGAAAGAGGCUUGUUCUUAUGCAAUGACACUUGAUGAUUCGUCUGGGGCUGUUGAUCAUGGCUUUUUCCUGCGUUCAAAUUGGCAAAUACAAGGAUACCUGCUAGAGCAAACAGAUGCAAUCGAGAAGCAUGGUAGCUCUUUCCCUUUAAAUGCUUUAGAGUUUAUACUCGGGCAACUUCAAAAGUUGGCACCUGAAUUACAUCGUGUACACUUUUUACGAUACUUAAACAGCUUAUACCACGAUGACUAUGCCUCUGCUUUGGAGAAUCUGCAUAAAUAUUUUGAUUAUAGUGCAGGGAUAGAAGGAUUUGAUGGUAUUCCUCCCUCAUCUGGCUUCAAUAAUAUUGGAAGAUAUGAGAUUGCUUUAUUAUGUUCAGGGAUGUUGCAUUUUCACUUUGGUCAUCCUAAGCAAGCUGUGGAGGCUUUGACUGAAGCAGUUCGUGUCUCCCAACAGCACAGUAAUGAUACCUGUCUUGCCUACACUUUGGCAGCUAUAUGUAACUUGCUGUCUGAAAUUGGUAUAUCAAAUGCAAGUGGACUACUUGGAUCAUCAUAUUCACCUGUUGCCAACAUGGGAACGUCAUCAUCAAUCCACCAGCAGCUCUUUGUACUUUUGAAAGAAUCUCUAAAGAGAGCUGAAAUCUUGAAGUUAAAAAGACUGGUGGCUUCCAAUCAUCUUGCGAUGGCUAAAUUUCAUUUAAUGCAUGUACAAAGACCCGUGCUAUCCUUUGGUCCCAAAGCUUCCAUGCAGCUUAUAACAUGCCCAGUUAAUGUUUGCAAGGAACUGAGAUUAAGUUCUAAUUUGAUUAGUGACUUCGACGUCGAAAGUUCCAUGAUGAUAACUGAUGGUUCAUUGAGUACUACUUGGCUUAAGAAUUUACACAGACAAAGUGGUUCAUCAGUAAUUUUUGAAGAAACUGAACCUGGGAAUAGAUCUAAUGCUUCCAGUUUCUUUUCUCAACCUAAUUCUAUUCCUGGAUCUGUGUCGCAACUGGUUGGUGCUUCAUAUUUGCUCCGUGCCACAGCAUGGGAAAUGUAUGGCAGUGCACCUCUUGCUCGAAUGAAUGCUUUGGUUUAUGCGACUUGCUUUGUGGAUUGUGCCAGUUCAGUUGAUGCAGCAGUGGCUUACGGAAAGCUUAUUCAGUAUUUAGCGGCAUACAAAGGAUAUAAAGCUGCUUUUGCUGCUCUUAAGACCGUGGAGGAGAAGUUUAUAUCAGUUUCAAAAUCACAAAUUAUGGUAUUGAAAUUGCAGCUACUUCACGAGCACGCUUUACAUCGUGGACACUUGAAGUUGGCCCAACAAGUAUGCGAUGAGCUUGCAGUCCUUGCAUCACCUGUCACAGGCGUUGACAUGGAUUUGAAGGCAGAAGCUAGUUUUCGUCAUGCCCGUACUUUGCUUGCUGCCAAGCAGUUCAGUGAGGCUGCAGCUGUUGCGCACAGACUCUUCUGCAUGUGUUAUAAAUUUAAUCUGCGAGUACAGGAUGCUAGUACCCUCCUCUUGCUUGCAGAAAUACACAAGAAAUCAGGCAAUGCUGUUUUAGGAAUUCCAUAUGCAUUGGCCAGUCUCUCGUUUUGCGAGUCAUUCAAUCUAGAUCUUCUAAAAGCUUCAGCUACUCUAACCCUGGCUGAGCUCUGGCUGUCUCUCGGAUCGAUCCAUGCAAAAAGAGCCUUAACCCUCACACACUCUGCCCUUCCUAUGAUUCUUGGUCAUGGAGGUUUGGAGCUUCGUGCUCGUGCACACAUUGCAGAAGCAAAAUGCCAUCUGUCUGAUGCUAGUUUUUCAGUUCCUGAAACUUCAGGGAUCGUGCUGGAUUCCCUGAGGGAAGCUUCGGAUGAGCUUCAAAUUUUAGAGUAUCACGAAUUGGCAGCCGAAGCAUUCUACCUAAUGGCGAUCACAUUUGACAAGCUGGGGCAACUAGAGGAGAGAGAGCAAGCUGCAUCGUCUUUCCGGAAACACAUCAGGGCGCUCGAAAACGUCGCCAACGAGGACGAUCCUCUCUUAAAAUGAGCGCGACGGAAACCGCCGGAUGCAGAGUCGACGAGGAGAAAUGUGUCAUACACAGUAGUGCGGUUAUAUAUUAUCCAUAUGAUGUAGCAUAACACAUUUUCUCGUUCAUCCUUUGUUUUGCGUUGUGCCACGUGUUUUAAGUAGCUUUUUGCUUUGAUCAAAGUUGCACCA